AUGACUGUUACCAAGAAUCAAGACCAUGUUAUCCAGAUUGGUACAACACCAACCGUUGACCCAGCAAAGGUAGACGCAUGCUCAAUUGCCCAAGAAUGGAUCGAAGGGUUGGAGAGCUACCUGGUGGACAACAACUCCACGCCCCUCUCGGACCUAUUUCAUCAAGACUCCUGGUGGCGGGACAUGCUCGUGAUGGCGUGGGACUUUCAUACCGUCAAGGGCCUCGCCCGCAUUGAGCCAUUUGUCAGUCAGAAACAGCCCAGGGUGCAGCUGAGCCAACUUCGUCUUCAAAGAGAAAACAAAGGACAGCCGGCAAUUGACAUGCCUGUCCAAGGAGUAACCUGGAUAACCUCGAUGUUUUUCUUUGAAACCCGGGUUGGUCGCGGUAGUGGAGUCAUUUAUCUCACGCAGGCCACAGAGGAUGGACCGUGGAAAGCGUAUUCGGUGUAUGUGGCUCUUCAGGAGUUAGAAAAUAUGCAAGAACAGAUUGGUUCUAGACGACCAGAAGGGACGAUUGAAUCGAUGCCCGGGGGAUUUACUCGGGGCACAUGGCUCGAACGUCGGGCCAAAGAGGUCGAGUUCUUGGAAAAUGAACCCGCAGUUCUGAUCGUUGGUGCAGGUCAAUCCGGCCUCAAUGUUGCGGCUCGACUACAUUCCCUCGGCAUAUCCUGUUUGAUUGUAGAAAAGAACGCACGAGUGGGCGAUAAUUGGAGGAAACGAUACAGAACUCUAGUCACCCACGACCAUGCCGAAACCUGCCACAUGGCUUACCUGCCAUUCCCAAAGAAUUGGCCUAAGUACUCAUCGAAAGACAAGUUAGCUGAUUGGCUCGAAGCCUACGCUACCAUCAUGGAGUUGAACAUAUGGUGCAAUUCUGAAGUUCAGGCGGCGCAAUAUGAUAAGUCGACCAGGCAGUGGUCAGUCUCUCUUGCACGGAACAGCGAGAAGCGAACCCUUCAGACAAGACACAUUGUAUGGUGCACGGGACACCUGGGAACACCUCGGGUCCCUACUUUCCCGGGACAAUCUGACUAUCAAGGGACCGUUUAUCACACCAGUGAGCAUACCGACGCCCGGCAGCAUGCUCCCAAAGGGAAACGUGUGGUCGUCGUAGGUACUGGGAAUAGUGGACACGAUAUCGCGCAGGAUUUCUAUGAACAAGGAGCGCGAGUCACUCUGCUUCAACGAGGUCCGACAUAUGUUUUAACGGAGAAGAAUGGCUUACCUUUGCUACCAGAAAACCUGGGGCUUGAGGACGUUCUUGAUAAAACCCCGAUAGAAGACUUGGACGUACUUUCGGAGAGUUUGCCAUGGCCUGUCACCCUCGCCUUGUGUGUUGACCUGACAAAGCGUAUUUCUGCCGCAGACAAAGAUACCCUUUGCGGGCUGGAAGAGGCUGGGUUUAGGCUCGACUUCGGCCAUGAUGGCGCCGGAAUCUUGCGCCUCAUUAUCUCCAAAGGUGGGGGAUACUAUAUCGACUUUGGCUGCAGUCAACUCAUCAUCGACCGUAAGAUCCAGCUGAAGAGCUGCCCAGAAGGUAUCGCGGGAUUUAAUCAGCAAGGUCUCCUCCUGGGAGACGGCAGUCAUGUGGAGGCCGACAUUGUCGUUCUUGCAACAGGCUAUGAGAACAUGCGAGAUUCAGUGAGAAGAAUCCUUGGUGAGGGAGUGGCAGAUCGAUGCAACGAUGUCUGGGGGCUGGAUGAAGAGGGAGAAAUCAAGACUAUAUGGAGACCCAGUGGCCAUCCUGGAUUCUGGUUUAUGGGGGGAAGCUUGUCUCUCUGUCGAAUUUAUUCCCGAUUUGUAGCUUUGCAGAUUGCCGCGGUCGAGGCUGGUAUUACCGCGUAG